AUGGAGGUGAAGAACAAAAUCUUCCUUUCCGGAUUCCAUGGGCUUGGGUCCAUCUAUCUAUUGAUGUCUAUGUUCAUAACGAUCCGUAAGUCUGGCCGAACUGAAAUUUGCGCUGGAAGUUUAAUUGACCCUGGGUGGGUGCUCUCCGCUGCUCAUUGCUUUGAUAAUGGCUUGGCUGAUUCGAGCCAGAUAGGAGUUUGGGGAGGGCAUCCAGAACAGCGCCAAGGAGUUUUAAAACAAGUCAAACGAGGGGGAAUCCACAUCGAAAGACGCUGGGACGAUGAAAAGGUUCAAUACGAUUUGGCACUGCUCGAGCUUGAAACUCCCUUCGAUCCGUUUGAAGAUCGAGUCGCGUUGAUUUCCAUUUCCGACGAGGAUCGAGUUCCUGCUGGGGCGACUUGUUUCGUCGCUGGGUGGGGAAUGACGGAGCUGGGCAAGAGUUCAACCGUUGUCAGACAAGCGCUGGUCAAGAUCGUCGACUUUGAAACCUGUUCGAAGGGAUGGAAAGACAUCGACAACAAGACUCAAAUCUGCGCUCUCGGGAACGAGUUUGUCUCCAACGAUCCUUCCGUUGAUCUAUCCGGUCCUCGAGUAUCAGACAGCUGCCAGGGCGACUCAGGAGGUCCUCUUUACUGCAACACGACUGAAAACGCCUUCCUUCUCUACGGAGCUGUCUCCUACGGCCCAAGAGAUUGCGGAACUCCCGGAAAGCCAGGAGUUUACACGAGGCUUUCCUUUUUCCGAGGAGAUAUAGAAGAACUGUUACAGAAGAAGCUUUCUACAGAACCGAUCGUUUACAACGCCACUUUGGAACACAAUCGAUUUAUGAAUGGAUCUACGAGUAAAACGAAGAUCAAUGCUAACGUACUUGCACUUUUACUGUAUAAAUUAUUAUUCUGA